UUAACCAUUUCAAAGCCCAGUCCGAAAGAAAAUGUCGAAUCGAGUUUGCGAGCCAAUAUUAUUCUCGUGUGCAAGUAUGCGUUCAAGGCUGAAAACGACAAUGAGCUUACAGUGAGCAAGGGCUCCAUCCUUAAGCUAUUAGAUCGUCCGGGGAACGGCUGGCUCUUGGUGAAAUUUGUCGAUAGACUAGAGGAACCGGGCCUUAUUCCUGCUCUGUAUGUCGAUAUUGCAGUCAACGACCAGCACAAUCCAGUGACGUUAGUUUGGCUUCAAAGCAGUAGCAAACAGUACUCGCAAAACGACUUCAUCGAAGAGCAGAAAUACUUGAACAUGCAAUUUAAAUCGGUGUCCUCGCCCUUCUUGACCAUUAACAAUAGGGCAUUUCCCACCUCGGUGUCUAUCUCCAACUUCUUGCUUUCGGAACAGCGAUAUUGGUACAGAGUGGAUGUCGUAUAUUCAGACCAUUCAAAGGCAUACCUAUGUCGUUACUACCAAGACUUUUACAACUUACAUAUUAAAUUGUUGGGUCUAAUGGCUGCCAGUCUGCAAAUAGUCAGUGAAGAAUUGAAGUUACCCAAAUUGCCGGAACCACUCCCUACCAACCAUGACGUGGAAGAUUCAUCUCAAAUCACAUCACUCUUGAAGAGGUGCAAUGCUUUAAACAUUUAUGUAAACAAGUUGAUCUUGAACAAGUACUAUCAAACGUCUCAAGUGUUGUUAAAUUGGUUGGAUUUAAACUACGACGACUUGCCAAGUUUCGCUCUACCAACUGAUGCUGAAGUCAUGACAAAUGAUCAAAUCAAUGAGAAAAUAUUGCCAAAUUCUAUUAACGUUGUGAAGGAAUACUACAGGAAAGAAGAGGUUGCUGAAUCUCAAGCGAAGUUGCCUCAAAGAACGAAAUCUAAGAAUAUCUACAAUAACUACCAACAGGCAAGAGUACCACCUUCUUCAGCUACAAGACUGUUGUCGACUAAGUCAGACGGUGCAAAACGUACACCCUCUACUUCUAACACGUCCAAAAAUAACAUCUCGAAGAAUAGCAUUUCAGCUCCACUAGUGGCCAACCAAUCGUACGCUAACGGAUCCAAUGAUAACUAUUCACAUGCCAUAACUCCGAACCAGAACCUGUUUAUCAAGUGCAAAAUUGUAAACUUCAACAAUGAAAUUGUUGCAUUGAAGUUGAACAAGCAGUCAAUCAAGUCCAUUAAUGAUUUGAAGGUUUUGAUAAAACAGAAGAUUUACUUCACCAAGUUGUUCAUCAAGUUGCCUAAUUUAAACAAUUAUGAGAGUAUCGACAAUGUGAAUUUCAAUAUAAAUGAGUUCUUGAGGUUCAACGACAAAGUUAUGCUUAAGAUCAGUUGA